AUAGUGGAGUGUGGAGCAGAAGACUCGAUUCGAUGCCGCUCGAGUCUUGCUCACACAAAAUUACGUAUAUCGGAACGCACCGGGCAUAGACAUUUUGCCGCUGUCAGAAUCACAAUGUCAUGUCAUUGACCGACUUAUCACACGUAGGGUUUCUAAUAGGAUUAGUAUCUAAUUAUUGUUCAAUAUUUCACGUUAAUAUCAUUACGAGGGACCUAAAUUAGUCGCCGAAAUGUGGCUCGACGAAGCUGACGGCCUGACGGAGAUAUUUAAAGGCUAUUUGCCUUAUUAUUUGCUUGUAGCUCUCCCUAUUUUUAUCAUUAUGUCUCCUGUGAGCCCGGUAGCUGCAUCACACGAAUUUUCGGUGUACAGGAUGCAACAAUACGACUUACAUACGAUUCCUCACGGUUGCCGCAGUGCCAGUUUCAACCUCGAAGGCCGCUCGCUAACGUCAUGGAGCACGUCCCGCCACUGCGUGGUGGCUCGCAUCCAAGACGUGACCAUCGAGCGGUUCCUGGAGAUCAGGAACAAGGCCGGUGCCCUCCUGCUGGUGCUGCCUAAGAAUGAUACGGUGCUCAGUGCCGAGGAAAAGGAGCAUAUCCAGCUCCUAGAAAUGGCAAUGGUGCAGGACGAGAUCAGCGCCCCGGUCUACUUUGCCGAAUGGUCUCCAGCGUUCGAAGACAUCUUGCGUGACCUGCAACAUAGCUUCAUAACGGAUGACAAGUCCGGGACAGCGUUGGAAGCUAUGAUGAACACUGUGUCGUCUAAUGGGUACCAGAUUGUGGUGUCAGCCCCAGUGCCAGUGAAGUUGGACUCCAAACCGGUGACUCUUCAUGGAAAGCUGGUCGGACGCUCUGGGUCCGCUCAGACCAUUGUAAUUUCUGCACACUAUGACUCCUCAGGCUUAGUACCGGAAUUAUCCGUAGGCGCAGACUCAAACGCCUCAGGCGCCGUGGCUGUAUUAGAACUGGCUCGUAUAUUCUCUCGGCUGUACGCGUCGCCCGCCGUACGCGGCGCGCCGUCGCUACUGUUCGUACUGUCCUCUGCAGGACAUGCACUUAACUAUGUCGCUACUAAGAAAUGGUUGGAAGAGCAGUUGGAUUCUACCGACGCUUCGCUGCUACAGGACGUAUCCUUCGCCAUGUGUCUAGACUCCAUCUCCUCAUCUCCAGCCCUCACGAUGCACGUCUCGAAGCCCCCGAAGGCUGGCGGAGCGGCUCACUCCCUCCAGACCAAACUAGGGGCCCCGGUCACUCACAAGAAGAUCAACUUGGCCGAUGAAUUGUUGGCUUGGCCGCAUGAGAGGUUCAGUGUUCGACGGAUGACUGCUUUCACGCUUAGUAGCUUACAGAGCCACAAAGAGCCAGCGCGCAGCACUGUACUAGACAAGCCUUCAGAAGCCGCGGUUCACAACCUGGUUUCCAACAUCGCGUCAACCGCCCGCGCUCUUGCUGCUCACGUAUACAAUCUCACAGGGGACUCUACGCUGUAUGACGACGCUUUGAAUGUAGAUGAAGCGUCGGUGAGACAUUGGUACAAAUAUCUGUCGGCGCAAUCGAGAGCACCUCAGAUCAUUACCACUUCCGCUCCUAGCGCAGGUGUGACAGGCGCAUUGGAACGCGCGUUGUCACGGUAUCUGGACGUGACGGUUAGCAUGCAUGCCGUGGACAAGCGUGAACCGGAGUACACGUUAUACUCUCCUACAAGGGCGGUACUUUAUGUGUACAGUGUAAAACCAGCAGUUUUCGAUCUGAUCCUAACCCUGGCCAUCAUCGCCUACCUCGCCAUAGUUUACUUCGUCAUCCAAAUUUUCCCGAGGUUCUAUGAAGAAUACGCCAAGGUUGUCACCGGCAAAGCCAAAGUACAUUAGGGUAAGGUAUAGCUUUGUAUAAAAUGCUUAACACAUGACCGCACCGCACCAAAAAGAGUACUAUCGUACAGUAUGGCCACUCCCGCUCUCCGCUGAAAGUGCCGCCCACCCGCUCUCGGUUACCUCACAGUUAUUACACAUAAAGGGGUAGGCAGAGCACAUACUACUA